AGAAGAUUAUCUACUGAGAGCAGAAUUAUGUCUGGACGUGGUAAAGGAGGAAAAGGUCUUGGAAAGGGGGGCGCCAAGCGUCACAGGAAGGUCCUGAGAGAUAACAUCCAGGGUAUUACCAAACCCGCCAUCCGCCGUCUUGCACGCAGAGGUGGAGUCAAACGUAUCUCUGGGCUCAUCUACGAGGAGACCCGUGGAGUCCUGAAAGUUUUCCUCGAGAACGUCAUUCGUGAUGCUGUCACCUACACGGAGCACGCCAAGAGGAAGACCGUCACAGCCAUGGACGUUGUCUAUGCCCUGAAGAGACAAGGACGUACCCUCUACGGAUUCGGUGGUUAGAUACCCCUACCAUACUGUGCCUCCAAGAGCAAGAACAAACGGCCGUUUUCACGGCCACCCAAAUUUUUCGAAAAGAUACCUCUGAGCAGACGUGUUAAAGAAACGAAGGUGUUAAUUUUUCUAUAUUCAUUUCUAGUGAGCAAAAGAAUUUUGAUUUAAUGUCACUGGAAGAAGGCAUAUUAUUCGGAUAGCCUUGCAGUAACUUGUACACAGGGUAGGGGAAAACAAAUAAUUACAAUAUCUUCAUAAUUAUUGAUUUACAUUAGGUUCCCAUGUAAGAUUUUUGAUCAGAAAAAGGGGGGCCUGCAUGGGGAAAAUACAAACAGACAAGAAAGUCCCAUGCUCUAGUUGAUUAUUUCCAAGGACACAUCUGGUAGAUAAAUAUCAAUUUAAUAACCUGCACGUUGUUACAGUUUCCUGAGAUAUCGUCGAAAGCUGUAAAUAUUGAAAUAGUAUCCCUGUCAAUACAGAGACAAAAUUCGCGUAUACAACAACUCGUACGGUUAAAUGUACUUUGACAAGGUAGCAAGAGUUGUCUUUCGUUUUAUGUGUGCUGUAUAUUCCUAUGCAUUGAGCAAGUGGUUAUUUGCAGUGCAGGUCUAUCAUCUUUACAUUUACAUGCCUCUAUCAACAAUAAAGCAUGACUUCAC